AUGGCUAGCCCUGCUGUACUCGCUUUCGAUGCUGAGGGCCGCCCGCUGAAGUUUGACACCUGGCUAGAUGACCUGCACCUGUUCCUCCAGCUCACUGCCAAGGAGGAUAUCUCGCUAUACGAUCACGCACUAGGCCACGCUGCUACCCCUGCUGCUACUGCUGACAAUACUGCCCGCUCACAGUGGCAGACUCGUGACGCCCACGCUCGCUUCGCUAUUCGCAACUCCCUGCCGGUAGAUGAGCGCGAGCACUUUGGCCAGCACAAAACUGCGAAGGCACUGUACACUGCUGUAGUUGCACGCUACUCCUCACCUGCCUCUGCUGCGCUAGGCCGUCUCUCGCUCCCCUACCUGUUCCCAGACCUGUCCGCUUUCGCCACAGUCGCUGACCUCAUCAUGCACCUCCGCACUAUCAGGGACCACUUCCUCGCUCGCUGCCCCACUGAGCUCACCGUUGAACUGCUCGAGAAGGAACUGCUUGCAGCUGAGACUAGCAUAGUCGCUUUAGCUGCCUCUCGUGGCGACCCCCGCAAGCCUUUCUUCGAGGAGUGUUCCCCUUCCUCCCUUCUCCCUUCUGUCGCCUCUGCUGCUGCUGUCGACCUAGUUGGUACUGAGCAGGUCGGGACUGCGUCCGCUCCGAGCUGGCGCCGCAGCGGCAAGGGCAAAGGGGGCAAGGGAGGUGGAGGUGACGGAGGGGGAGGCGGUAGUGGGGGCGGUGGCGGCGGUGGGGGCGGUGGCGGGGCUGGAGGGGCUAGUGGUAGCGGUGGGGGUGGUGGCGGCAGCGGCGGAGGAGGUGGCCGGGGUGGGGGCGGUGGUGGGGGCGGCGGUGGACGCGGCGGCGGCAGGGGCGGUGGUGGUCGGGGUGGUGGCGGCGGAGGUGGUGGUCGUGGUGGCGCUGGCGGACAGCAGACUCCGUCGCCCCAGGAGCUUCGUGAGUGUGGAGAGGGUGCUCAGUACCUGCGUGUUCCGCCCGACCCGGGCAUUCGGACCAGUGAGGCUGCCGCUCUAGGUGCUAGUGCGUCUGCUGUCCUAGGUGCUGGUAAGGCUGCCGCUCCAGGUACUGGUGAGGCUACUGCUCUAGGUGCUAGUGAGCCUGCCCCCCCUGGUACUGAGUCUACUGAGGCACUGCACACCUUCACACUGGACUCAGGUGCUUCUCGCUAUUUCUUUCGUGACCGCACUGCCCUUGAGCAGCUUGCUCGGCCAGUUGCUGUCUCCUUUGCUGACCCCUCUGGGGGUCCGGUCAUUGCGACCUCCUCCACUGUCCUUCCUUGUCCUGCGGUUCCGUCGGGCACACUGUCAGGUCUCUACCUCCCCUCGUUCUCUACGAACUUGGUGGCGGGUUGUGCGCUCCAGGACGGGGGUGUCCACCAGUUCACCCCUGCCUACGAGCGCGUGACACACUGCACGUGUGCUCGGACGGGCCGUCACCUGGCUACCUUCACUCGGCAGCCGGGGUCGGACCUGUACACACUGACCACUGAGUCCCCUCAGGUAGCUGCGUCUGCGUUUUCUUCAGGUCAGCUGUCUGCCCCCUGUUCGUGUCGCUCUCUAGCACACGAGACCGUCCUCUGGCACCACCGCCUUGGUCACCCGUCAGUGCAGCGCCUUCGUGCCAUGCACAAACGGUACCUUGUCUCUGGUCUUCCUCGGGUACUCCCUCCCCUCCCACCCUCGCCUGCUCCUCCCUGUCUUCCUUGUGUCGAGGGGCGGCAGCGCGCCGCUCCUCACUCCUCCUCGUUUCCCCCGACGACUGCUCCCUUGCAGACGCUCCACAUGGACGUGUGGGGCCCAGCCCGCGUCCGUGGACAGGGUCAGGAGAGGUACUUCCUGAUUGUUGUUGACGACUACUCGCGCUACACCACGGACUUCCCCUUGCGCACCAAGGGUGAGGUCCCUGAUGUUUUGAUCCCUUGGAUCCGCGCUUCUCGUCUCCAGCUCAGCGAGCGGUUCCACUCGGACUUUCCUGUCCUGCGUCUGCACUCUGACAGAGGUGGUGAGUUCUCCUCUGACCUCUUGGCAGCCUACUGUGCGGAGCACGGCAUCCGCCAGUUGUUCACGCUUCCGGCCUCUCCACAGCAGAAUGGGGUUGCUGAGCGCCGCAUUGGCUUGGUCAUGGAGGUCGCUCGUACCUCCUUGAUCCAUGCGGCUGCCCCCCACUUUCUGUGGCCGUUUGCGGUCCGGUACGCUGCGCAUCAGCUCAACCUCUGGCCCCGUGUCUCCUUGCCGGAGACCUCGCCGACACUGCGUUGGACGGGAGAGGUUGGCGAUGCGUCGCGUUUUCGGGUCUGGGGAUCUCGAGCUUUUGUUCGCGAUACGUCCACGGACAAGCUCUCCUCCCGCGCUGUUCCUUGUGUCUUCCUUGGCUUUGUCCCGGACGCAUCUGGUUGGCAGUUCUACCACGGACGUGUCCUGCCCUCUCAGGACGUCACCUUUGACGAGUCGGUGCCCUACUACCGCCUCUUCCCCUACCGCACUGCCCCGCUCCCCCCCCCGCCUCUCUUCCUCGCGCCAGGUGCUGCUGUGGUAGACCCCCUCCCCCCUCAGGGUGCCGCUCCCUCAGGUGUGUCCCAGGUAGACCCUGUUGAGCCUGUCGAGGUAGCUGUCGACUCUCGUCCUGCUAGGGGUGCUGAGCCUGAGCGUGCGGAGCCUGGGGGUGUGGAGCCUGGGGUUGCGGAGUCUGGGGAUGCUGAGCCUAGGGGUGCGGAGCCUGCGGGUGCUGAGUCUGGGAGUGCUGAGCCUGGGGGUGCUACGUCUGCGGGUACUGAGCCAGAGGGUGCUGCGACUGAGCGUGCUACACCUGGAGGAGCUCUCUCCUCACAGCAGCUGCGUCAGUGGUACUUGCAGUACUGCAGCCUCAGGAGGGGUGCUUCUGGAGCUAGGAGUGCUUCUGGUGCUCGUGCUUCCCCUCCUAGGCGGGAGCCGCCCUCUCCCCAGCGGCUCCGAGAGUGGUACGCUCGGCGCUGCAGUCUCCGGAGUGGCGCUCCUCGUGUCGAGGACCCUAGUGCUGGAGCUGCUGGAGGUGCUGCUGCUGCUGGCGGUGCUGCUGGCGCUGCUGGAGGUGCUACUGGUGCUGGUGCUGCUGGAGCUGCUGGAGGUGCUGCUGCUGCUGGCGGUGCUGCUGGAGCUGCUGGAGGUGCUGCUGCUGCUGGCGGUACUGCUGGCGCUGCUGGAGGUACUGCUGGUGCUGGUGCAGCUGCUGCUGGAGGUGCUGCUGGUGCUGGUGCUGCUGGAGCUACUGGAGGUGCUGCUGGUGCUGGAGCUGCUGGAGGCACUGCUGCUGCUGGCGGUGCUGCUGGAGCUGCUGGAGGUGCUGGUGCUGGAGCUGCUGGAGCCGCUGGUCCUGGAGGUGCUUGUACAGGGGGUACUGGAGCUGCUGGGACUGGAGCUGCUGAGCGAGUUGGAGCUGGAGGUGCUGAGCGGCCGCGGCCGUACUACGUUCCGCUCCUUCAGCAGGUUCUUGGUCUCCCGCCCUCUACUGGUCCUACUCCUCCCCUACUGAGUCCACCGUCUGUCCAGUCGCAGUCACAGUUACAGCCUGCCUCUCCGCUGCCUGCUCCUUCUCCUUACAAUACGCCGACGGGUAGUCUUACGGAGCGUCGUGAGCCUGAGUCUCGUCCUCCGUCGCCUAAGUCUAGUCCUGCGUCUCCUGAGUCUCGUCCAGAGUCGCCUGUCCGCGCUGCCCGCACUGGUCGUCGUGUUCCGCGUGAGCGUCCUCCUCCUGUCCUUGGCACUCACUAUAUGACCCUGCGUCCUUCCACUGCUCCACAGCGUGUCCCUCUGCCGUCUCCUCCUACGUCCUCUCUUCCUGACGUUGCUGGCCCGCCGUCAGACCUUACUCGUGCUGCCAGUCUUACUGUCGCGCGUCUCCUUGCCACUGUUGUCACUGACCCUACCUUUGAGUCCUCUGCUGCGUCUGCUCUAGUCGCUGAGCUUGUUGACUUUGCUGCCGCCUGUCGUCUAGACUACGCCGCUAGCCUUGUUGCUGAGUCUGAGUCUGUCUGUCCUCCGUCCGUCGGGGGUGAGUGUGCUCUUGGCACGGACGUCCUUGAGGACAGACAGGAGGAGUUUGAGUGCUUUGCUGCUGCUUUACCUCAUCUCGUGUCCAUGCUGAUUGCCCCUGAGGGAGACCCGGAUGCACCAGACAUCCCGACCCCACGCUCCUACGCAGAGGCGAUGGAGGGUCUCUACUCCUCUCAGUGGCAGACAGCCAUGGACGCAGAGAUGGCUUCCUGGAAGUCCACAGGCACCUACGUCGACGAGGUUCCCCCACCUGGGGCGAACAUCGUCAGUGGCAUGUGGAUUUUCAGGGUGAAGCGGCCGCCGGGUUCUCCGCCUGUCUUCAAGGCGCGUUACGUUGCUCGAGGCUUCAGUCAGUGA